AGAGGUGUUUGGGGUGAUCGGUCUCCAGGGCAUCAGAAACUGGCUAAACGGAUUACAUAUUUCUUCAGAUACACAAGGAGGCCUCUUGAACGGAGAGACUUGAAAGUGGGCGAAACAGUGAACAUGUUAUUCGAUAUGGCGACGCAUAGUUCAAGACUUGGUUAGUGGUGUUUUUGCGUUGUGCUCAACCAUCGAGUGGGAGUUCCCAGAGUCAUCAUGGUGCAAGAGACAGAUGACAUGGCCAGCCACCACUACACCACAGUGUUCAUCAUGGUUGGUCUCCUCUCUCGGGCUCGCUGACGGCCCACCAAUCCCUCGACUCGAACUCGACCAAACCCUCGACUCUCUCUAGCAGCUGGCCCACCAGUGUGUUCCUCAGUAUGCUGUCAUGGGGGACCACCUCCUCAACUCAUAUAAAGGUGAUGAAGCCGGUGGGGGUGGAGAUGUGCGAGGGCUGCGGCAGGACCAUCCAGGACAGGUUCAUCAUGAGAGUCAUCGACACCUCCUGGCACGAGGACUGCCUCGUCUGCUGCGUCUGUCGCGUCCAGCUCCAGCACUCCUGCUUCGCCAGGGACAACAAGAUCUACUGCAAGCUCGACUACGACAGGCUGUUCUCUGUGAAGUGUGCCGGGUGUGGCGACCGCCUCCUGCCCCACGAGCUGGUGAUGCGAGCGCAGUCUCUCGUCUUCCACCUCCACUGCUUCGCCUGCGUCGUCUGCUGCCAGGUGCUGCAGAAGGGCGACCAGUACGUGCUACGGGGUCACCAGCUCUUCUGCCGGGCCGACUACGAGAAAGAGAUGUUCCUUCUACAGCAGCACGGGCCGCAGAGUGAGUGGCUGAGUCCACUGGGCGACGACUUCAUAGUGGACGAUGGGUCGAGACCUCGGGACGGUAGACGAGGCCCCAAGAGACCCAGAACGAUCCUGACGUCGGCGCAGAGGAAGCAGUUCAUGGCCUCCUUCAGCGUGUCUCCCAAGCCUUGCAGGAAGGUCCGCGAGCAGCUGGCCAAGGAGACGGGGCUGAGCGUACGCGUGGUCCAGGUCUGGUUCCAGAACCAGAGGGCGAAGAUGAAGAAGCUGCAGCGACGGGCCAAGCAGACGGAACACAACAACAACGACAAGGACGAGAAGGAGGAUAAGGGCGAGGGCGGGAAGAAGGAGGGAAGUGGUGAAGGUCAGUACGGCGGCCUCACCCCCAUCGACUCCCUCGACUCUCCCUACGCGACGACGCCCAAGAGUUCGGCAGUACCAUACUCCCCUGAAGGCGAGAGCUUCCCGGCCCACAGUGGCGACUCCUUCUGCGGCUCCGACAUUAGUUUUGAGGAGGGCCGCAUGGACCAGUUCGACGACCAGGGUGAAAUGUCGUCUAGUGGGGGAGCGGCGCCCCCACCGAGUCAGGCCCCCCCGGAUGUGCCGGCCAUGGUGGGCGUGGCUGGCACCAUGUACCCACAGAUCAACCCCAUCGAUAAGCUCUACCUCAUGCAGAACUCUUACUUCGACCACUGACGCCAGCCCCUGCCUCGCCCUCCCGACGGCCUCAAGCUAGGGGAUGUGAUCGCUAGUUUUAAGGAGAGCGAGACGCGGGGGGUCAAACCCGAGGUGUCCGAAUGUCCUGCCCCGGCCGGCCUGCCAGGGGUGGGUGGCCUGCCUGGCGUGGGCGGCUUGCCUGGCGUGGGCGGCCUGCCUGGCGUGGGCGGCUUACCUGGGGUGGGCGGCCUGCCAGGAGUGGGUGGCCUUCCUACCUGGGAGUUUCCGUUCUGAGGUUGUCUUAAGCAGGGUGCAUCGGGCUAGAGAAUUAGACGGAGGGAGAGGCCGCCCUCACGCCCACCUCGCCGCCCACACGCCGCCCACACGCUCACCAUAAAGGUCCACCCCCCACCCGCUGGUCCCACCAAAGCCUCCCCCAGAUUCACUAAGGAAUGUGAGAGUUAACAGAGUUUAUGGAUCUUGGUGACACCGUACUCGUGACACUAGUAGUGACACCUUUUUAAUGACACCGUGCUUAUGACACCGUACUCGUGGCACCGUGCUUAUUGACACCUUGUUUGUAACAUCGUGCACACGUCACUUGUGAUCCUGACACCGUGCUCCUUGGCUUCCUGUCCCUGAUAAAACGAAUAAUUAAUAUAU